AUGGAUCCGAAAAGCGAUGUCACCAACGUCGAAGAUACAACUUCACAUCCCCCCAAGCCCCAUAAUGUGAACGCGCAUGUGGUUCCCAUGCAGCAAGAGGCACAACAGGACCUCAUCCACAUUGAUCUCACUUGGCGAUCAUGGGUGGUGGUUUUCGUGAGCUGCUUCGCCAUUAUGGCACAAGUUUAUGUUGUUGUGGCAGCUGGAAGUGUGAUAGCCUUCAUAGUUCGCGACUUAGGCCAGCCUGCUAUAUCGGGUUGGAUUAUCCAGGGCCCACUGCUGAUGCAAACUGUGCUCUCCCCGCUCGUCGGCCGACUAUCUGAUGUUCUUGACCGUAAACUGUUCGCAUCCAUUCCACCGCUUAUCGCAGUCGUAGGAAGUAUCAUCUGCGCCAAAGCUACGUCUAUGGACAUGUUAAUUGGCGGUGGCAUCCUCGUAGGCAUCACGCUAGCCACGAUUUCCAUCGUCCAAUCGAUUCCGUCGGAAAUUCUGCCUCUAAAGUACCGUGCAUUGGCGAACGGUUUUGCGUUCCUUGGGGGUGCCGUCGGAGGUCUGGUUGGAGGAUUGGGUGCAGGCGCAGUGACCAACGCGAAUCCGACAGGCUGGCGAAACAUCUUCUGGAUAAUGGCUGGUCUACAUGGAGCUACAGCUGUGGGGUUUUUGGCAUUCUACUGGCCAAAGAAACGCACCGAGUAUUCUCGCAUGAGCUUCAAGGAGUAUGUCUGGGCUUGCGAUCCCAUCGGCAGUGUCCUGUUUAUUGCAGGUGCAACGCUUAUGCUCCUGGCACUCAACUGGGCAGGAGGAGCUUACCACUGGAGUGAUCCACACGUGUGCGCUAAUCUCGUUGUCGGAUUCGUCUUAGUCCUCGCAUUCUGCAUCUACGAAUGGAAAGGCCGAACGGACGGCAUGGUCGCCCAUGUAUUCUUUAGCAAUGGUCCCAAUUUCUGGCUGGCAACGUUUGCUUUCGCAGUAGAGGGGUGGAUCUUCUACUCUGCAGUGAACUCGGUCACUCCACAAAUAAUCCUAAACUUGGGCUUCGAGAGCAACAGCUGGGACAUUGCUGUUCGACAAAUGUCCUAUCAGAUCCCAUCUCUAACAUUCUCUCUUGUUGUGACCUGGUGGGCAACGCAAUUUAAGGAUCUAAAAUCCCCUCUGGUUCUUACGUACGUUAUCUUCCUUGUCACUACAAUAUGCUAUGCGAACAUUCGACCGUCAUGGAAUACUCCACAGCUCGUCUUCGCAGUCCUCGCUGGUAUUGGCACAUCAGGUCCUCUCACUCUGCUGGUUGCCUGCAUCCAAUUUACCGCACCCCAUGCCUAUCUCUCCACUGCCACAGGCCUUGCCUUCUCCGCACGCGCCAUUGGAGGUGCUUUUGGGUCCGCGGUGAUCAACGCUAUAGUCAAUGGGCGCCUUAACUCCCACUAUGCAUCUGACGUUGGUUCUGCCGCCAUUGCUGCCGGUCUUCCUUCAUCUUCAGUCCCGGCCUUGCUUGAAGCCAUGGAGGCUGGCACUGGGCAGGUCCCAGGGUCAAACGCGAACAUCAUGAUGGCUGCGUUGGAGGCGAGCCAUUGGUCGUAUGCGAGGGCAUACAGGCUGGGAUGGUGGAGUGUGGUGCCUUUCGUGGCGCUGGCAAUCGCGAGUGUGGCAUGCAUGAGCGGUGUGAAGGAUCUGAUGACGGAGCAUGUGGAGGCUACAGUUGAGCGAAAUGUUGUAGAUGAUCACGGCAAGGAGAAGGGCUUGGAAGAGAAGUGA